AUGGCAGAAGCAUGCCAUGACCACCCCACCCCGACAACAGAACUCUCCAAUGCAGAGCGCUUCAAAGCUACACAUCUCGCCGCGCGCCAUGGAAACUACCACCAAUAUUAUGCCAAGUUUCGGGCGCCCACAGUUCCGGACGAGCGUCUUUCCAUUCUCCCAUCAGAUAUUCUCCGCAACGCGCGAGUCAUAGAUUUAGGUUGCAACGCGGGAAAACUGACCUAUGAGGCGAUAGCGCACUGCGGCGCGGCCGCUGCAGUCGGCGUCGAUAUCGACCCGUGGCUGAUCGACCAGGCGAAGGCGGCGUACCCAGACGGGCCCUGCACAUUUGAGCACUUUGACUUCGUGGAUACGUCCGCGUACACGGGUACCGCGCUGGGCAAGUUUGACGUUGUCCUACUGCUCUCUGUGACGAAGUGGAUACAUCUGAACAACGGAGAUUCCGCGAUGUUGACGUUAUUUGCUCAUAUACAGAGCAUCCUGAAUGAAGGGGGUUAUCUCGUCGUGGAGCCGCAGCCCAUGAGCAAUUAUGCAAGAGCUUCAAAGAGAAAUAAAGAAUUGAGAGAGAUGUAUAAGACGAUCCAGAUUAAGCCACCGUUUGAGGAUGAAUUGAGCGCGCAAGGGUUCGAAAAAAUUCUGAGAGUUGAGAGGGACGAAGAGGGGUUUGCUAGGCCUGUAUAUAUAUGGAAAAAAACUACUAUCAAAUGA